GAGGUUAGGGACCGUGUACUAAUCUGUAGCUGUGUUGCUCUUUGUUUAUUUAUUUAAAUGUAAAGGAAAAACAUUUUUUGUCAUCCUAUUAUUUAUUUAAACGCAAAGAUAUCGUUCAAUUUAUAACCCACCGCUGUGCUUUGCUGGAAAAAUGUCCGACGGUGACGUAUUUAUCCUGGAUAAUGGGGCGUUCUAUGCCAAGGCGGGAAUGUCUGACUGGAACAAACCAAAGACCGUUUUGAAUUGCAUCACCAAAGCAAAGUCUGAGCGACGACGUCCGUUCGUUGGCAACCAGAUCGAAGAGUGUCGCGAUGUGUCCGGACUGUUUUACAUACUGUGCUUCCAGCGAGGAUACCUGGUCAACUGGGACAUUCAGAAGACGGUGUGGGAUUACAUGUUUAGCCAGGAGUGCUGCUCAGUUAGUUUCGUAGAAACUCCUCUGUUGAUAACUGAGCCCCUAUUUAACUUCCAGUCGAUUCAGGAAGCCAUGCUGGAGAUUCUGUAUGAAGAGUACGAUUGUGAUGCGGUGUGUAAAACGACUUCCGUCGAUCUAAUUGCUUUCAACUAUGUGCACGGAGAUCACAGUAUUAAACCCCUAUGCUGUGUAGUGGUCGAUAUGGGUUAUAGUUUUACCCACAUUGUCCCUUUUAUCAAGGGAGCAAAACUGAAGAAAGCAAUCAGGCGAAUAGACGUUGGGGGGAAGCUACUCACAAAUCAUCUAAAAGAAAUCAUUUCCUACCGGCAGCUGAAUGUGAUGGAUGAAUCGUAUGUGAUAAAUCAGGUUAAGGAAGACAGCUGUUUCGUUUCCCAAGAUUUUAACGAAGACAUGCGAAUUGCUCGUAAAAGAUAUCCAGACAAUUCCAUCGCUCGUGAUUAUGUGCUACCUGAUUAUACACAAAUCCGUAGAGGUUACUUAAGACUUUUGGAUCCAACAAAGAACUCGAAUGAUGAAUUACAAACGUUGCGACUGAACAACGAGCGGUUUGUGAUUCCCGAAGUACUAUUCCACCCGUCCGAUAUAGGAAUACAGCAGAUGGGUGUAGCAGAAGCAAUUGUGGAUGCCAUCAAUGCUUGUCCGGACGAGACCAGGCCACACCUCUUUAGCAACAUAGUCGUUUGUGGAGGAUGUGCCCUGUUUAGUGGAAUGCAAUCACGGUUACAAAAAGAUGUUCGAGCUUUGGCGCCUGAAGAGUUCAAUGUCAACGUCAUCGUGCCGAAAGAUCCUAUUACCUACGCUUGGCAGGGAGGAAAGGAAUAUUCGCAGUCGCUCAGCUUUCUUAAAUCCUGCAUGAGUCGGAGUCAAUAUGAAGAAAAUGGUAUAAAACAUUUAAUUGAAAAAUAUGAUCAUUGAGUACAGAGGUAAAUGCUUUUGUUCACUUUGUAAAGAAAGAAUCAACCAUGCUAAGUGCUACCCAUUAACGCGACAUAUACAUUUAUUCGACAAAUGUUGGACAGUAAAUACGGCUGAAUUAACAUAAAAUGUAAAUAUUAUCUAGAACAUUGGUAUGCUUGAAACGUAAACACGGGAACGACACAAAACUGAAAUAUUAACUAAAUCUGGCGUAAUCAGAACAUAAAA